UCGUAGAGCAACACGUAGCUCCGCUACGCGCUUUGCCGCUACGAACUUAAUCCGCUACGCGUAUUAUAGUCAAAACAUUAAUGGAAAAGUGAACUUUAAGUAAAGAAUGUGAGAUGUGAACUAAUGAUGUUGUUGGGAAAUUUUUUGUUUUAUCUACAUUUUGGACUUGUCUUCCAUAUUGUUAUUUGCUUCAAAGAUACAGUCGAGGUACCUCGUUUCGAAGAUAGCCUUAACAACCUCACGGUAUCACUAGGACGAGAGGCUGUAUUCACCUGUGUCGUCAAUGAUCUUGGAUCUUACAGGGUGGCGUGGCUUCGUGUGGACACGCAGACUAUCCUGACGAUAGCCACCCACGUCAUUACCAAGAACCAUCGCAUCGCAGUCAACCACAGCGAUAGAAGAGUCUGGUUCUUGCACAUCCAUGACGUGAGGCAGUCAGACCGCGGCUGGUACAUGUGUCAGCUGAACACAGACCCCAUGAAGAGUCAGACGGCCUAUCUAGACGUAGUUGUGCCCCCAGACAUACUCGACUAUCCCACGAGUAGCGACCAAGUUGCUCGUGAAGGUGCCAACGUGUCGCUUCGCUGUGCUGCCCAUGGAGUACCAACACCAACAGUUGUGUGGAGGAAAGAAGCUGGCGAUAUUCUACCAGCUUCCAACUUCACUGAUACGCAAAAUACAUCAGUGAGCGGUUCUGUAGUGCACUUGGUUAAAGUAUCAAGACUACACAUGGGAGCAUACCUUUGUAUCGCUAGCAACGGUGUUCCACCUUCAGUAAGCAAACGGGUUAUGCUCGUCGUUCAUUUUCCGCCAAUAAUGACAAUACAAAACCAAUUAGUUGGGGCCAUGGAAGGUGAUACUGUAUUUUUAGACUGCCAUUCAGAGGCCUAUCCAAAAUCAAUUAAUUAUUGGACGAUAAAUGAUCAAAUUAUCUCUCAGACUGACAAAAGAUUCGAGAUAACAGCUACGGAACGAGGUUACGAGGUGGACAUGAAAUUAAAAAUAAAGAAAGUAGGAAGAAGCACUUUUGGGACCUACAGCUGUAUUUCAAAAAAUUCUCUCGGCGAUACGGAUGGAACUAUUAAACUUUAUUCUCUAUCUGGAAAAUUUGAAGAAAUGCAGUACAAUGAAGUCGAUUUUGAAGAAACGCCAGAUGUUAGCGAAUUAGAAGCACUGAAACGAAGUAUGGCUGUCAGGAACACAUUUCAUAAUAUAAUAUUACUCAUAGCUGUACUUGCCAUAUUAUAAUGCUAUUUGUAUAUAUAAAUAUAUUGUUAUCUUUUUGAGAA